AUGGAUAUAAUAAGACGCAAGUACUCUCCCUGGAAGAUUCUUCAGCACAAAUGGCAAGCACGUAGGGACAUUCCGUUCCGUCGAAAGUUUUUUGUUGGAUACGACCUUUAUGGCAAUACUUAUUGGGAAUUUACUGAGGAUAAGAAUAUGUCGAGGUUAAGGCGCAAGAUGCAACCUUUGAGACAAGAGUUAUUUGAAGUUGAUUAUUUUAAAACUGUACCUCCACAGUGGCUACAAUGGCUUAGAAGGACUAGGGAUAAAGUUCCAACGCUAGAGGAGUUGAUACAGGAUCAAAUGAGACAAGAAAGGAUGAAGAUGCUAGCGGCUUCAGCGGAUGAAAAAUGGAAAUUGGAAAAGAUGAGGUUGGAGCAGAUUGAAAAGAUGAAAUUGCAAACGGAAUUGGACAGAGUUAAACAGGAACAAAUACCAGCCAAUGAGAAGCAAAACAAUCUUGAUCAAACUGAACUAGAGUCGCUGCAAGCACCGAAGUUACUGCACACGGACCACGCACCAGAGUUUGACCCAUGGAAACAAGCGGAUGAGAGUCGAGAUAAAGAUCCAAUACAAUCGGCUUCUUUAAGUCCACAAAAUCCUGCUGCAGCUACGGAGGUGCCUAGAGAAAGUGAAAUUGAAAAUCCAUGGAAACAAGCGGAUGAAUCAAGGGAUAAAGAUCCUAUUGAGGUUGCUUCAAUCAAACCCAGACAAUAA